GUGUGGGACCAGUUGGCUAAACCAUCCCUCUCUGGACCAGAGCUACUCUGUGAUCUCGAGAGCAGCCAGGAUGCCACUUGAAUGUGUGAUACCAUGGCUCAUCCUUUGCCUUGGACUAUCUGUAGAGACCGCAGCCAUGACUCAGAUGGUGACCAUAAUACCAGAAAUUACAGAAGUGACAACCUCGCACAACGGCCAGUUCUGCAGCACAUGGGGAAACUAUCAUUUUAAGACUUUCGAUGGACGUUUCUUCGAGCUUCCCUACACUUGCAACUACAUCCUUACGCAACAGUGUAAGGGAGGUUACGAGAAUUUCAAUAUUCAGCUCCGGCGGCAGGAGAUAAACGGGACCACCACCAUAAAGAAGGUCACUAUGAAUCUGGAGGGGGUCGUUGUGAAAUUAGUCAGCACUUCCAUCAAAGUCGAUGAUAAACUAGUCAGUGUCCCAUUCAGUCAGGGUGGAAUUACAAUUGGAAGAACUUCCUCCUAUGUCAAAAUCGAGGCAAAGCUGGGUUUGGUCGUCAUGUGGGAUGAAAAAGACACCUUGUGGGUUGAGAUGGAUGCCAAAUUCCAGAAUCAGACUUGUGGUCUGUGUGGUGACUUCAAUGGAGUUUAUGAUGCUGAGUUCGUCAAACCAGAAACAGGGGAGCCUGUAUCUCUUGAAUAUUAUGGGAACCUCUGGAAAAUUGAUGAUCCUACUGAAAACUGUGCAGAAAUCACCUCUACAGCCACACAGACCUGUACAGAUGAGGAAGACCUCUGUAAGAACCUGCUGUCAGGACACGCGUUCCACAGCUGCAAAGAGCUGAUUGAUACUGACUCCUUCAUCCACGCCUGUGUGAAAGACUUGUGCUACUGUAACAGCAGCGCUUCAUGCUUGUGUUCAACCCUAUCAGAGUACUCCCGUCAGUGCUCGCAUGCGGGCGGGAAACCACAGCAAUGGAAGACCGCACAACUGUGUGGAAAAACAUGCCCUUUCAACAUGGAGUAUAAGGAGUGCGGUAAUCCCUGUACUGACACCUGCAGCAAUCCCCGGAGAAGUGAAUUGUGCGACGAUCACUGCAUAGACGGAUGCUUCUGUCCUCCUGGGACUGUACUUGACAACAUUGAUCAAAGUGGGUGUGUUGCUGUUGAACAGUGCUCCUGCUUACACAGUGGCAAACCAUACAAAGCAGGGGAGUCAUACUCGACGCAGUGUAAAAAUUGCACCUGUGUGGCAGGUCAGUGGAACUGUGUGGAGAAGGACUGCCCUGGUAUCUGCUCUGUUCUGGGUGGCUCCCACAUCUCCACCUAUGAUGACAAAACAUACACUUUCCAUGGAGACUGCUCUUAUGUUCUCUCCAAGGAAACUAAUGGUAGUUUCAGUAUCCUUGGUGACCUGAUCAAAUGUAAAAAAUCUGAUAAAUCAACUUGCCUGGCCGCAAUCACUCUGCUACUUCCUGAACAAACGAUGAUUAAAGUGGAAGACAGUGGGGAGGUUUUGAAUAACAAACAGAUCUCCAAACUGCCUCUUUUCACAGAUAACAUAAUGGUCUUCAAGCCAUCAACAUUCUUCAUUGUAAUCCACACCACCUUCGGACUUGAUCUUGAGAUCCAGCUCACACCCAUUAUGCAGGUCUACAUCAAAGUCAGUGUUUCCAACAAAGGAAAACUCAGCGGGCUUUGUGGAGAUUUCAAUGAUGUGGAAGUUGAUGACUUCAGAACCACAAAUGGACUGAUUGAGGGAACGGCUAGGACAUUUGCAAACACAUGGAAGACCGACACAAGCUGCCAUGAUGUGGAAAAUUCUCCUAAAAACCCCUGCAGUCAGAGUGUAAACAAGGAGAAAUAUGCCAAAAGCUGGUGCACCUUGCUGUCAGACCCAAAAGGGAUUUUUGCCCAGUGCCAUACUGAAAUAAACCCAAAAGAUUACCAAGAUUCUUGUAUUUAUGAUGCCUGCGCCUGUGAAAACAGUGAGGAGUGCAUGUGUGCUGCCUUGUCCUCCUAUGUUCAAGCAUGUGCUGCCGAAGGUGUCUUACUGAAUGGCUGGAGGGACACCGCAUGCAAGGGAGACAUGACUCGCUGCCCCCCUGCCUUUGUGUAUGAGUACCAGAUGACAAGCUGUGGUCGCACUUGUCGCUCUCUUAGUCAGUCAGACUCAACAUGUGAGGUUCAGCACACCCCGUUUGAUGGCUGUGGCUGUGCAAAAGGAACUUAUCUAAAUGAGGAUGGACAGUGUGUGGCAGCCUCACAAUGUCCUUGUCAUGUUGGAGAGAAGGUGGUACAUCCUGGACAAACCAUCAGGGUCCAUGGACAAACUUGUUCUUGUUAUAGUGGAAAACUAAGUUGUACAGGAACCCCCACAACUGAAUCAUGCACCGAUCCAAUGGUUUUUGUCAACUGCUCAAUUGGAAAGCCAGGUGCUAUGGGAUCAGAGUGCCAAAAAAGCUGCCAGACACUGGACGCAGACUGUGUCAGUACACAGUGCAUCCCAGGCUGUGUAUGUCCUGAUGGCCUGCUGUUAGACAGUAAUCGAGGCUGUAUUAAGGAGGAGCAGUGUCCCUGCAUAUAUAAUGGAGAGUCCUAUUCCUCAGGAGAGAGUGUCACUGUAGACUGCAAUACCUGCACCUGCAAAAGCAGAAAAUGGGAGUGUAGUGAUCAUGAGUGUGAUGGAACCUGUACCAUGUAUGGAGAAGGGCAUUACAUCACUUUUGAUGACAAGAAAUUCUCCUUUAAAGGGGAUUGCAACUAUGUCUUCGCUCAGGAUCACUGUGAGGACAAUAUGAAUGGCACCUUCAGGGUUCUGACUCAGAGCAUCCCAUGUGGAGGGACUGAAAGCAUUUGCUCCACUAAUAUCAGGCUCUACCUAGGGAACAAUGAAAUUGUUCUUUCAGAGGAAAAUAUCAAAAUUGUCAAACAAAGCAAAGGGGAGGAGAUACCCUAUCAGAUUCACACUAUGGGUAUAUAUCACGUCAUUGAGGCAAAGAAUGGUCUUGUUCUCAUUUGGAAUCAGAAGACAACACUCAUGAUUAAACUUAGCCCCACAUUCAAGGGAAAAGUCUGCGGUCUGUGUGGGAAUUUCGAUGGCAACAUCAAGAACGAUUUCACCACUAGAAACAAGGAAGUUGUGGUUGAAGCACUAGAGUUUGGAAACAGCUGGAAAAUGCUGUCGACCGAAAUGCAAUGCCCGAAUGCAAUACCACUAAAUGAUUCCUGCAGUCUCUAUUCACACAGGAAGGCAUGGGCAUUAAAACACUGUAACAUUAUCAAGAGUGAUGUAUUUUCGAGUUGCCAUUCAAAGGUGGAACCGGAACACUAUCAUGAUGCCUGUGUGACAGACACAUGUGCCUGCAAUACAGGAGGAGAUUGUGAGUGUUUCUGCUCGGCUGUAGCAGCUUAUGCAGCGGCCUGUAAUGAGGCUGGAGCCUGUGUGAAAUGGAGAACUCCAACGAUCUGCCCUCUGUUCUGUGAUUAUUAUAACCCUGAUGGAGAGUGUGAAUGGCACUACCAUGCUUGUGGAAAACCAUGCAUGAAGACAUGCAAGAAUCCCUCAGGAAAGUGCUACAAUCAGAUCCCGGCAUUAGAAGGCUGUUAUCCAAGUUGCCCACCUGAACAGCCUUAUUUGGAAGAAGUUACCAUGAAGUGUGUGUCACAGGAGGAAUGUGGCUGCUAUGACAGGGAGGGAAAUCAUUAUAAAGAAGGGGAGGUUGUGCCUUCACAAGAUAACUGUUACAGCUGGUAAAAAAAAAUUCCAUCUCUAUUUGUCAUCACAAUAAGUACUAUAACCAUCUGCAGUUAAAUACAGUGAUACUGUCAUAGCUAAAUGAAAAUGAAUUUAAAAAUGUAUGGGACAACUUUCAUGUUUCCAGGAGCACACUGAUUUCUCUGGUGAUUUAAUCAGUAAAA